AAAAACGCUUUUAAAAACGGUUGUGGCGGUUGAUUUCUUCUUGUGUCCCAUCAGAAAUUAAAUUUCGUUAGUGAUUUAUCGGUAUUUUCCAGUCAAAAAAGUGUGCCAAAAUGGUCCAAACGGAGAACAUCGAAAAGGUCUAUCUGUUUGAAAAAGAUCGGGUCAACAGUUUCAAGAAAUGGCCCUAUUCCGCGUCCAGUCCGUGCAACAUCCAGAAGAUGGCCGAAGCCGGCUUCUACUGGCAGGGUGACGACAAGGAAGACGAGGACACCUCGGUUUGCUUUGUGUGCGGCAAGGUGCUGGACGGCUGGGAGGAAUCAGACGACCCCUGGGAGGAGCACAAGAAACACGCCCCGCAGUGUCUUUUUGUCAAGUACGGUCGACCGGAGGCGGAACUGACGUGUGAGGAAAUGAUCAAUCUGUUGGAGGUCAUUCUGAAGGGACGGAUUCAGAGCAGUUAUACGUCCCUAAAGGACUGUCUCAAAGCCCACAUCGAGAAGAAGCGCAAAGAGAUGACGAAACAGCUGUCAAAGAAUUAGGGUUUUCGAUUCGUUUUGGGAGUUUUGCUGCUGUAGACUGUUUGAUGAUAAGAUGUUUAACGAUAAGGACUAGUUUUGUAAUUCCGGAAUAAAACGUAAGUAUUUUCA